AUGGUUAAUCUGCUAUAUGGUGCUGUUAUUGCAAGUGUGGUAGCUUCGGUAGGAGCUUCCGGGAUGCAAAAAGAGACCUCGAAACAGGUGGAUGCUCGAUGUUGUUGUACUAUGCACAACCGCAGAUGUAUGCUGCUUAGUGACAUCCAGUUUCUGCUGCACGUGAGCGAGGGAGCCCCCGCACCCCCGGAGAACACUAUCCCCGCAUGCUGCUUGCAGCAACUUCGUGUCGCCUCUGCUGCCGAAGGAAAACUGCAACACGAGCACCCACUUUCGCACCGCCAGCGCACUUCGUUUGCGUCUGGUGGCUCGUCGGGCACUACCAGGUGUAACUGUUGCCGGGAAGCUCAUGAGAGAGAAUCGAAGGAGCCUCGAUCACGGAAGGCCCCCCAUUCUCCUUGUGGCCAGCGCUUCACGCCCGUGUUUGAUAGCAACUCUCAACGGAACCUCGUUUCUGUAAACGCAGGGAAUCCCAAACUGUACGUAGGCGGCGGCACAAUCAAUCAAGCUUUCAGCACUGCCAUCAAUGACUGGGUCCAGUCGAAAAUAGACGAACUACAAGGCCCCUCUGAUGCGAAAGCAGCGGCCGAUCGUGAAGGCGAGGCCGCAUCUCGCCAGCACUCUCGAUGGGACCCCCGAAGAGAUCUCGCCGUGGAUUGGGGCACUAGAAUGGAAAGAGUCCACAACGCCGCUAUGGAAAUUGCGAGAGGAUCCCCUUUUAAAGUUGCUGCCUUGCGGUGCGACGGCCCUGCGGGGAAAGAAGGCCUUUGGAGGACACCCUUUAAGGCCAUCUACGCGAUGACGCCAUCAACAAAGGAGGCAGCAGCACUCAAGCUGAAGAAAGGCGAUGCAUACGUUUUCCUAGACUUCCUUAGAGAUGAGCUGAGACCUCGAGACGACAAGAACGUCGCCAUGGCAUACGUCGUCGGUCCCAAAGCGUGGGAGUACUCUGAGAAGGACUUCUACCACACUUUAUUUGUUCUCUCUCGCAAUUUGCUGCGGCUCAUUAUUCUCUACAAUACGAAGGAAGUGCAAAUCCCUGAAGGCCUACCCCUGCAGCAACUGCGGAUGCCUUUAGUGUCUGGAGGAGCGUUCCUAGGGAAUGCCGACCCGAUGGGCGUAGCAUCAGCCAUAGUUAAGGGCUUUCUUGCUGCGGUGGAGGAAUACCGAACGAAUAAAGUGCCGGUGGACUGGACGCCCCCUGGAGAAGAAGAGGAGGUUCCUUCAACGCCCCCUCCCGAUCUGCCACAAAGCCACGAUAGCAGCGGGAACACUUCAAGUUUUGAGGACGAGGCCCCUACAGAGGAAACGUUUAUCAUUCCAGAGGCGCCGGAGCUGCAGGAAGUGAACGACGACUGUCCAGAUGGACGAAGUGGUUGUAUCUAUCUUGAAUCUUUGAGAGCGCCUGCAGUAGCAGUGAGGGGCAUUCAACAAUUGGGAGGCAAGCAGUGGUGUGCAAAUGCACGCAAGUGUUUUUUUCAAGAAACCAAUUUUCUGGAAUUUCAUAUUUCGGCUGCAGACGUUGUUCCAGCCCCGAGAAAAAUUGCAGCAAUCAUGGCCCUAGCCUUCAAUUAUGUACGUGUAAGAACGCUGCAAAGUUCUGUGGGCUUACACCAUGUUGCCAAAAUCAUAGUCCUAUAUUUGCUCGGAUAUAUACCUACUCGAAUGAUCAUCUCUGAAACUCGCAAUCGAGCAGCGGUAUUCAAUCAUACAAAGCAACUUUAUGCGGCGCGACGGACGUGUAAAAGUGCCAGCACUAUUUAUAUGGGUAGUUUGACCGUCCAGACAGAUGUACUUAAAACUCGCCAGAAGUUUCAGCUUAGUCACUGCUCAGCAAGGCGCUCAUCUAUGCUUAAUAAUUUCUGGAAUCUCCACGGAUUUCCUAGAAGUUCCCCUACCAAUAGGGGCCCGGGACUUGUUAUUGCUUUAUGGCGUGCCGGUAAGGCCCGCCUACCCAUUACUCACAUUAUGCGCCAUGCAAAACACCCUGAGUACGACUGUACUCUGUCUGCCGAUUGCUCUACCGUCUACCUGGUUAACACUGAGGAGUCUUUCUCAGACUCAGGCCUGGUUUUGGUGAACUGGUGUAUGCCUGCUCCUUUAACAGCAGAAAAUUUGGGAGGACAGCUGGCUAGCGCAUGCGAACAUAGAAUCAGUAUUCUUUCUUUGGCUACCUACCUUGAAGGGGAGGUGUUGCAGAAGUAUAAUAAUGGUCUCCUAAAGAAGCUUCAAAAAUCUCCGAUUGUUAAUGCAGACCAUUUCGCGCACGCUGGUAACCCGUAUGGAGGAAAAAUGACAAGAAGCUGUGGAAGUGCUGGACUUCAGAACUAUUGA